UGAUACCACAGCCCUGAAGGUCCAAAACCGUUCUCGUUAUUGUUUAUUUGUUUGUUUGCUUUUGCGUGUGCAUUCGUGUGUGUGUGUGUGUGUGUGUGUGUGUGGCAGGAGAGACUGUUUCGAGUUGUGGGGUUUCCAAUCAUGAAAAAUUGCCUCUAGGGAUACAACAACUGCAUGUUUGGGUAUGGGCAGACGGGAAGUGUAAAGACGUACACAAUGCUAGGUGACAUGAAUUUUUGUUCAGAGCUUCGAGGAAUGACGCCGCGAGUAUUCGAGCACUUGUUCGCUCGCAUACAGGAGGAAGAGGAAAGCCGACGGCAUGAACAACUAAGGUUCAACUGCAAAUGUUCUUAUCUUGAGAUUUAUAAUGAGAGCAUCACCGACCUUCUAGAUCCUUCUCGGACAAAUUUGUCGAGGCAGAAGAAGAAACAACUACUUCAGGAGCAGGGGUUCUGGAUUGGAAAGCGAGGAGAGAAGAUGGAAAGGAGAGCUCAGAAGGAGGAUGAGGGAAAUGACACAGCUUCUCAACAGGGGAAUGAUAAGGUUAGAGCUCCAAGUGGAGGUGGCUCAAUGAGGGAAGACAAGACACGAAGGGAGGAGCACAAUGAGAGGAAGUGGAAGGCAGUGGCAAGGUUGGAGAGGUUGAUCCGGUUGCAUGAGCUACUCAGGGAAAAUUGUGAAUGGAUCCUUGAGGGGGAGACAAAAGUGGAUGGCAGAUUGAGAAAAGUGGAAGAAGAAAGGAGAAGGAAACUGGAAGUUCGCAUUCAGGAACUCCAGGAAAGGAUGAAGGAAAAGACAGAGCUACUCACGCAAGGGGUAGCAAGCCUUGUCCCUGAAAUUUUGAAGGAGAUUCAGAGGUUGCGAGCAAGGGAAAAAAGAAGGGAUGUGCAGUGGACAAAAGUGGAGAAGGAGAUGGAGAGUCUGAAGACUGAGGUGGAAAGGGCAAAGAUUGAGCAGGGAAAGCUGGAAGUGAGGGUGGAAGCCUUGAGCACUGCCCUUGACAACAAAAGUAAGGAAGUGGAGACAGGAAAGAUGAAGAAGGAGAGGUUGAAAAAAGAAGUUGGUAAGUUGGAAGCAAGGGUUAGUGAGCAAGGUAAGGCGAUUGAAGCAGAGAAAAAUGAAAGGAAGCAGGAAUGUGACAAGUAGGAAAAAAUGUGGAAAGUGGUGGAAAAGGUUUUGAAAAAACAAAAGGGGGAUAUUCAGACGAAGAUCGAAGAAGGGGAUGCUAAGAAGGUUGAGGACAAAAAGGAAAACCCAAGGAUGGAAGGAGGUGAGAAAGGACUUGGGGAUAACAGUCGGGACAAGGGGUUAAUGGUAAGAAUUGUCACCUUACCUGAAAAGAAUGCUGGAGAAACAUCACUGACUGAUAACAGAGUGGGACAGGAUAGGAAGAGAUCCUACCUUGAGACAUUAUUUGGAGCAGCAUCAUAGGAUAUCCCAUCAUCUGCAAGGAGAUCAAAGAAAGAGGAGAAAAAGUUAUGUUGGUAUUGCAUGAAGGGAAUCCACAGGAGAGACGAUUGUCCUGGGCUUAAGACAGAUAGGGCAAAAGGGUUGGUUAGCCUGGAUGAGAAUAACAGAUUUAUCGAUAGGAGAGGAAAUCUGAUUAAAAGAACCAAAUAAGGGUUCAGGGUCUAAUUGUAUGAGCAGCUGGGACUCGCCUUAAAGGAUUAGAAUAAAACAAUUUUGAAAUC